GGCCAAAAGUGCUUCCUAGCUUGUUGUGGGACUUUGCACAUGCCUGUGCCAUAUACACAGUCACACAGGUAUAAAACAUGUUCACAUACCUUCCUGCCCCUCCGCCUACUCUUCCUGCCCCUCCUCCAUAGCUCUUAUAGCCACAUCCUGCAAGGAAAAACCCCAGACUCCUGUGAGGGCAAAACCCAGACAAGGAUGUACAUGUGGGUUCAGCAGCCCACAGCACUUCUGCUCCUGGGACUCACACUUGGAGUUACAGCCAGGCUCAACUGUGUUGAAGAUACCUACCCCAGUGGUCACAAGUGCUGUCAUGAAUGCCAGCCAGGCAGUGGUAUGCUGAGCCGCUGUGAUGACACGAGGGAUACUGUGUGCCUUCCGUGUGAACCUGGCUUCUACAAUGAGGCGGUCAAUUAUGAUGCCUGCAAGCAGUGUACACAAUGCAACCAACGAAGUGGGAGUGAGCCCAAGCAGAAUUGCACACCUAUUCAGGAUACUGUCUGCCAAUGCAGGCCAGGCACCCAGCCCCGGGAAGACAGCAGCCACAAGCUUGGAGUCGACUGUGUUCCCUGCCCUCCUGGCCACUUUUCUCCAGGCAACAACCAGGCCUGCAAACCCUGGACCAAUUGUACCUUAUCUGGGAAGCAGAUCAGGCACCCUGCCAGUACCAGCUUGGACACAGUCUGUGAGGACAAAAGCCUCCUGGCCACACUGCUCUGGGAGACCCAAAGCCCUACGUUCAGGCCAACCACUGACCAGUCCACCACAUUCCCGCCUAGGACUUCUUGGAUGCCCUCUAUACCCACCUUGGUGGCUCCAAGGGGCCCUGCAUUUGCUGUUGCCCUAGGCAUAGGCCUGGGUCUGCUGGCUCCCUUUACUCUUCUGCUGGUCUUGUACUUGCUCCGAAAGGCUUGGAGGUUGCCUAACACGCCCAAACCCUACUGGGGUAACAGCGUAAGGAUCCCUAUCCAGGAGGAACAGGCUGACACACACGUUACUCUGGCCAAGAUCUGAACAGAACCUCGAGAGUGGAUUUUAUGGGGCAUGGGCAGGCAACUCAUGUCUUGACGCCUGCCAGUCUUCUCCAGUGUUCUAGGUGCUGGGCUGGCUCUGGGCUUGUAUGCUGUGCAUACUGCCUACCUGGUGGUACUCCUAAUAAACAUGCUAACAAC